CGCGCUGUAAGAACGCGUUCCUGAUAUCUCUUAGUUUGUCGUUAUAUAUAACAAUAAAAAACAGUUGCCAUAACCUUGUAACAGCGAACUAUGGAUUUUAAAAUACAGAUGUUUAUAUUGCAAACAACUUUGCCAUAUGUGCUUGCUUAUGACCCCUGUGAAGAAUUUGGGAUCUGUGAAGACGUCGAUAAUUACCCCACGGAGCUAGUAAGGGGACUUAUUAAAGAGCUCAAAAGCAAAAACACAAUAUUCAAUAAUGAUGCGAUCGAUAUGUUCGUAGCAAACAGAUUUGAUGUUGAAAAGGAAGAGCUAUGUGAUUUUACUCAACUGCAUAUGAUCCCAAGGAAAGCCAAGGAUUCCAAAGGAAUACUGCGUAUUAUUUUGAAUGACUUAAAUGAUCCUGUCCAAGGAUUUAAUAUUGCCACUUGCAAUAAAAGGAAUUCAAAAUGUACAGAUUUACUUGGAUUCUCAGCAACCCACAAAGGUGUCUGUAUUCAGAAAUUCACGUUGCGUGAAAUGUAUUAUUUAGAUGAUAAUAAUCAAACUGCAAGAACUCAUUUUAAAAUCCCCAUAUGUUGUUCUUGUAUGUUAAAUCCCAUUAAUUAAGUAGACAAUAAACAUAUUAGCUUUAA